CUUCUCUCUUGAGUGGUCGUGACCUGUGCAGGUUGCAGUAUUGGGGCGGGCAAGUGUCGAGCAAGCAGACGUUGAUUCCCGAGCCAAUGCCAGACUUCUUGGUCAAGUUCCCCCCAGUCGUACGCAGAACAAAGUUUACGGGCGCUUUCAAGGGCAGUCAGCACGGCGAACCGAAUCACUGUCUGGUCAACGAGUACGAACCGGGCCAAGGUAUCAUGCCUCACGAGGACGGAGAUGCGUACUUUCCUGCGGUGGCCACCAUAUCGUUGGGGUCGCACACGCUCCUCGACAUCUACCGGUAUGCUUCCGAGGACAAGGCUGAGUCAGAGUCAAAGGGCCGUGCGCGCGAACAGGACCCCCGCUUCUCAAUCCUACAGGAACGGAGAAGCCUUCUCGUCACGAGAGGGGCGGCUUACAAGGCCUUCCUUCACGGUAUUGCAGAGCGGCGUCAAGACACACAAGAGCAUCUGAGCAAAGUCAUCAAUGCCGACAGGAUAAAGGAUGCUGAACUCAAAAGUGCGCUCAACGGAUCGUCGCUCGAGCGGCAGAAGCGGCUCAGUCUGACACUUCGAGAUGUCGAAAGGGUCUCCAAAGGUCUUGCAGGUCUCCUGGGUCGACGGCCUUGAGCUGGACAAUUAAUGUAUACAAGAAGAAAAGGAUGUGAUUGGAUUGCCACCUUUUAGGCAAGGUAAUUUUGAUGGCAGACGAGAUCAAUACCUUCCGCGGUACC